GUCUCGGGGGGGAUCUUUGCGGGCGGUGCACUUGGAAGAGGCGCAGCUGCCCCUAGCCGCGGCGAUGCCCUCAAGUCGUCCCUGAAAGGCUGCAAGCCUACACAGCGGCAGCAGCAGGCGCUGAUGCUGAAGGUGAUCAUCCAGUCCGAGCUGCUCUCGACGGAGCUCGGCGAGCGGGUUGACAAGACGAGUUCUUGACGGGGUUCAAGACCAAUUUCGAGUUCGUCAUCGAGCUUGUGCCAGGGCUGGGGCUUCUCCAAUACCUCGGCAGUGCCAUGGCAGCGACAGCAGGGGACUACCAGAAAUGCAACGAGUUUGUGCAGCAGUCGGUGGUAACAGCCAUGGGCUCUGCGGACUACCAGGAGGACCACUUCAAGGUUGACAAGUGCUUCGUCGGGGACCUGGGCGAGUCUAGCUCCGAGACGGGGAACGCCUUCGACGAGUUCGCGCAGCAGUUUUUUGUGGUAGCCAUUGGCUCCGCGGACUCCAACGACGGCAGCUACAACGUCGGCAGCGGCUACGUUCACGCCCUGGACUUGACUUCGCCUUUGGCGUCUGGCGCCGUUCGACCAACAUCAACAAAGAGCCACGGCACAACACCGAUCAUGCUCAGUCAAACAUGUAGGUUUCUCUUGGCGCCUCUUCGAGUCUGAGCAGCAGGCGGUAAUGGCCAAUGGCGCAGCGGGCAUGGGGGUCGGGAGCGAGAACGCGCUGCAGCUGGCUGUUGCAGCCGUGGGCUCAGCGAGUCGACUCUGCGAAGUGCUCUGCUCAAGUAUGACGUGAAGACGAAGAAUACUAAUCAACAAUAAGACUGCAAUAAUCAUAUUAGUAAGAAAAAGAAGCAGUAGUACGGCUUCAUCGAGUCCCACGGUGGCGGGGACACUGUUCGUGGAUGCGGUGGACAGCCCUGCCCUUGCUUCAAGCAAGCCAGAUUCGGAAGUGGAGUGCUGCAUGGAGCGGGACGCACGGGAGGGCAAGCACAAAGGAGUCUGAGUGGACGUCUUUGUCACACGCUGCGGUAGAGUUCACGUGCGCAGCGAAAUCAGCAUGUGUCCGGGAGUUGGGGCGCAUCCGAUGGGCGAUCCCUUGGGCCCAGCGGACAGCAGCAACGAGUCGUUGGUCAAGGGAUCUCGCGUGAAGGCGACUGCGGCGUGCGGCGUCUCGGACAGCGCCGUGGUGCAGCACGACGGCGUGCUCACGGCGCUUGCAGCAUUCUGGGGUCGUGGACAGCGGUUUCAAGAAUACCGACGGCGUGCUCAGUGAGAUCGGUGCGGUCAUGGCGAGAGGCCGAGCACUCUAAGCGAAGACCUCCACGCUGUGAUGCCUGCCAGAGCUGGAAGUUCUGUCGAUGUGGGGCCUUCGCCGCGUGGUUCGGGGCUUCUCUUUCUCGCCCUGGUUUGACCUCCUCGUCGCCGCGGCUGGGCUCGGCUGUGGCGGUCGCGCGUGCGGCCUGGCGUUUCCCUUCUCAGCGAAGCGUGGGGUCGCCUGCGCGUUUCUGAUGGUUCGACGCAGUUGCAUGGCUCUGUCGACCUGCGGGAGGCGGUUGAUUUCUGCCACGUUGAGCGUCGCCC